AUGGUCGCGCAGCUUGAGGUUAUCAUCGUUGGGGCUGGCCUCGGAGGACUAGGAGCUGCGACGGCGGUACUUCUGGCCGGUCACAAGGUCUUGGUCUUGGAGUCAGCUAAAGAACUGGGUGAGAUUGGGGCUGGUAUACAGAUUCUUCCAAACGCCUCACGUAUACUACGGCACUGGGGCAUGGAGGAGACAUGUUCCAAGCAUGCCUCAUGUCCUAAAAAGUGUAACAUGAUCAGAUGGAAGGGAGAACAUCUGAGCUCACUAGACUUUAUCGAAUCAUCAAAGCGCUACGGAAGUCCCUUCUGGGACUUUCAUCGUGCAGACUUGCAUAGCGCCCUAUUGCAGCGUGCUCUGGAACUCGGUGCUGACGUGCGUACUAAUUCACGUGUCGACCAAGUAGAGCACCAAUCGGACACUCCAAGAGCGACCGUCGUACUUACGGAUGGCACGCGGUUCACAGCGGACUUGGUGGUAGGUGCCGAUGGCAUUGUCAGUCGUACUAGGGAAUGCUUCCUCGGUCAUAGCGACCCUCCGACGCCCACAGGGGACUUGGCCUAUCGGGUCCUCUUGGACCUCAAUGAGAUUGAGCUAGAGGAGGACGUUCAGAAACUGAUAGAACCAAGAGAAGUUAACUAUUGGAUGGGCCCUGGUUGCCAUGCGGUCUGUUAUCUGCUUCGAGGCGGGAGGUAUCUGAACAUGGUCCUACUUGUCCCCGACGAUAUACCAGAUGGUGGCGCGAGAACUGUUGAAGGAAGCGUAACCGAGAUGAGAGAUUUGUUCAAGGACUGGGAUCCACGAAUCGGAAAAAUCCUCGCACAUUGUAAAUCAGUACAGAAGUGGAAACUCUGCAUUCGACAUGAGCUACCAAAAUGGAACCAUCCAUCUGGAGCAUUCACCUUACUAGGUGACGCCGUGCAUGCUACUUUGCCGUACUUGGCUUCUGGAGCCGGGAUGUCGCUUGAGGAUGGCGCUGUUUUGGGAGAAUGUCUCUCUCGAAUAAAGAGCAAGUCUGACCUCCAGCUUGCCCUUGAUGUUUAUGAGGCAUGCCGUAAGAAGCGUACGUCCAGGAUCGUCGAACGAGGUAAUCUUCAACAAUACCUGUACCAUCUUCCCGAUGGGCCUGAGCAAGAAGAACGGGAUAGAAUCAUGCGUAUGAACCCAACACCCCCUGGCGACCCUCUCGUGUGGCGAGACCCUGAAUUGAGUCCGUGGCUUCUUGGAUAUGAUCACAUCAAAGACGUCGAUAUGCGCUGGCCGAAGCCUUCCGUUUCCGAACGAAGCAACAUUGCCGAGGCCGAGUAG